AUGCGGGACGGGGAGCGCCAGGGGGGCCGGGCACAAAACCGACGGCGGGCCACUGCAGAGCCAGAGAGGCCCCUGGAUCAUGCGCUGCGUCUCUGCGCAGAGAUCUGCCGGCUCUGGGGCGCCGAACCGGUGGACGUCUUGAAAGUGUUGCAGCUUCAGAACCAGCCCGAGGGCGUCCGCAAGACCACGGGCUUCUGCCCCAAGAGGCGCUCAGGAUCGGGGCCCGAUGUGGCCUACCGGAUAUCAAGGCAGGCGCAGAUCAGCGCUCCCACCCGGCAGCUUUUCCCAGGCAAAUUCCCAGAGGAUUUCUCCAUCAUGGCUCUGGUGAAGCCCAAAUCCGGACUCCAGGCGUUCCUCCUCUCCAUCUACAACCAGCAUGGCACCCAGCAGUUGGGGGUGGAGUUGGGCCGCUCCCCCGUCUUCCUCUAUGAGGACCAGAGUGGGCGCCCUGCCCCAGAGGACUACCCCAUCUUCCGAGGGGUCAACCUGGCCGACGGCAAGUGGCAUCGGGUGGCUCUGAGCAUCAGCAAGAAGCAGGUGACCUUGAUCCUGGACUGCAAGAAGAAAGUGACCCGCCCUUUGCCCCGCGGCAACCAGCCGGCCAUCGACACGCGGGGCAUCACCGUCUUUGGAACCCGGAUCCUGGACGAGGAGGUCUUCGAGGGUGACAUCCAGCAGCUGCUCAUCUCCUCCAGCCCCCAAGCAGCCUACGACUUCUGCGAACACUUCAGCCCCGACUGCGACGUGAAGGCCUCGCAGAAGCCCCAAGCGCAGGAGGCCCAGAGGAACCCCAGCAGGCCUGAGUACUUUGGUGAGGACCUGCAGGACUAUGACACCUACCCCUACUAUUACGGGCCUAGCGAGGGCGGACUGCCUCUGGGGGGCGCCAGUGAGCAGAAACCGGCCAAGGGGAAGCCCCCCGCCAAGCCCAAAGCGAAGCCGACGCAGCCCCAGAAACGCCAGCUCGCGGGCACAGCGCCCGCCUACGCCGCCAAGACCGGCUCAAAAAACAGCCCCAAGUACCCCGGCAACGGGAAGUCCAGCGGGAAGGCCGGCAGCGCCAAGGCAACCACGAAAAAAACCCCGGGCAAAUCGGGGGGCCAGGCCCACGCUGGCGCCACCGGAGCCCGGAAGCCAGGGAACGGCUACCAGCAGGAUGUGGGCCUGCUCCCCACAGAGGAGCCCUGGGGGGCCCACGAGUACCUUGACUACACCUUGCCUCCCGAGGCGGAAGAGACGUAUUGGGAAGAGGGCCCCACACAGGAAGCGUCCCUACCUGUUGCCUCGUCGCCACGGGGAGAGGAGGAAGCGCCCAGCCCACGUCCCGCCAAGGAAGAGGCGUUCACCGAAGAGGAGGUCCCCGGCGUGGGGCUGGAGUACGAGUACGCCUAUAGGAGCUAUGGCGAGGGGGCCGAGCCGUCGGAGCUGGGGCCUGUGCUCUCGGCCGAGACCCCCCACGGCGAAGGCGCCGUCCGAGGAGCCAGAGGCUACAAAGGAGAGAAGGGAGAGCCAGCUGUCUUCGAACCCGGGAUGCUGGUGGAAGGUCCCCCUGGCCCUGAAGGAGCUCCGGGUAUCAGCGGACCACCAGGGACCACAGGACCGCCAGGGCCCCCCGGCGACUCUGGGGAGAGGGGUCCCCCAGGACGCCCCGGCAUCCCUGGCUCAGAUGGAUCCCCCGGACCCCCUGGCACUUCCAUGAUGCUUCCGUUCCGAUUUGGGAGCAGCGGAGGUGGAAAGGGUCCAGUCGUGGCGGCCCAGGAAGCCCAAGCCCAGGCCAUCUUGCAGCAAGCCCGGCUGGCCUUGCGUGGCCCACCAGGACCCAUGGGCUAUACGGGUCGUCCUGGACCCCUGGGUCAACCUGGCGGCAACGGCGUGAAGGGGGAGCACGGAGACUUUGGUCCCCAGGGUCCUCGGGGUCCACAGGGGCUGACCGGACCCCCAGGGAAGUCCGGCCGCCGAGGUCGUGCUGGAGCAGAUGGUGCCCGGGGGAUGCCCGGGGAACCGGGCAGCAAGGGCGACCGUGGGUUCGAUGGGCUUCCAGGCCUUCCAGGGGAGAAAGGACACAGGGGUGACUCCGGAUCUCAGGGUGUUCCUGGUCCCCCCGGGGAAGAUGGCGAGAGGGGAGAUGACGGAGAGGUCGGCCAACGCGGGCUUCCUGGAGAACCGGGGCCCCGAGGUCUUCUUGGCCCCAAAGGACCCCCAGGAAUCCCAGGCCCUCCGGGUGUGCGUGGCAUGGAUGGACCCCACGGCCCCAAGGGGAACCUGGGACCUCAAGGGGAGCCAGGACCCCCUGGCCAGCAGGGGACCCCAGGGGCGCAGGGAUUGCCGGGACCUCAAGGUGCAAUGGGACCUCAUGGGGAGAAGGGCCCCACAGGGAAACCUGGACUUCCGGGGAUGCCUGGUUCCGAUGGCCCACCUGGCCACCCUGGCAAAGAGGGGCACCCAGGCACCAAAGGAAACCAGGGCCCGUCUGGUCCUCAGGGGCCAGUUGGCUACCCAGGGCCUCGCGGGGCGAAGGGAAUGGACGGCAUUCGAGGCUUCAACGGCCACAAAGGCGAAAAGGGGGAAGAAGGAUUUCCUGGUUUCAAGGGCGACAUGGGUGUGAAAGGUGACCGGGGCGAAGUUGGCGUCCCAGGAUCCCGAGGCGAAGACGGCCCCGAAGGCCCUAAAGGCCGCACCGGGCCCCAUGGGGAUCCAGGUCCCAUUGGGCUCGUGGGAGAGAAGGGGAAACUGGGUGUUCCGGGUCUCCCAGGAUAUCCUGGCCGACAGGGACCUAAGGGCUCUCAAGGCUUUCCUGGGUUCCCCGGGACGAACGGCGAAAAGGGGGGACGGGGGAUCUCUGGGAAGUUGGGACCCCGAGGCGAGAGAGGCCCCACGGGGCCACGAGGCCAGCGGGGGCCACGAGGGGCCACAGGGAAGUCUGGAGCAAAGGGCACCUCUGGCAGCGAAGGACCAGCCGGGCCCCCUGGGGAACGGGGUCAACCAGGACCGCAAGGACCGAAUGGAUUCCCGGGGCCAAAAGGACCUCCGGGCCCCUCGGGGAAGGACGGUCUGCCCGGACACCCUGGCCAGCGGGGAGAAGUCGGAUUCCAAGGCAAGACCGGACCCCCUGGAGGACCAGGGGUUGUGGGACCUCAGGGCCCUGCAGGAGAAACGGGACAGAUGGGGGAGAGGGGCCACCCCGGCCCACCCGGACCUCCUGGAGAGCAAGGCCUACCUGGGCCAUCGGGGAAAGAAGGCACAAAGGGCGACCCCGGCACCACCGGAGGACCCGGCAAGGAUGGCCCGGCCGGACUGCGAGGCUUCCCUGGAGAGCGCGGCCUGCCUGGGACUGCCGGUGGGCCUGGACUGAAAGGCAACGAGGGACCCGCUGGACCCCCAGGACCCGCCGGAUCCCCAGGGGAAAGGGGGGGCCCAGGGCCAGGUGGCCCCAUCGGACCCCCAGGAAGACCAGGCCCUCAAGGACCCGCUGGCUCGGCUGGGGAGAAAGGCGUGCCUGGCGAGAAAGGUCCCAUUGGUCCCGCAGGCCGCGAUGGCGUCCAGGGUCCCGUCGGACUGCCUGGCCCCGCAGGACCUCCGGGGGGCCCAGGUGAGGAUGGCGACAAGGGUGAAGUGGGCGAUCCCGGCCAGAAGGGCGGCAAAGGGGCGAAAGGGGAGCACGGGCCACCAGGACCCCCUGGCCCACUGGGUCCUCUCGGGCAACCAGGAAACGCAGGCGCAGACGGAGAGCCUGGAGCGAGGGGCCCCCAAGGCCACUUUGGCGCAAAGGGGGAUGAAGGAACCCGAGGGUUUAAUGGCCCCCCAGGGCCCAUCGGCCUGCAGGGUCUGCCUGGACCAUCUGGGGAAAAGGGGGAGACGGGCGAUGGGGGGCCCAUGGGGCCCCCAGGACCCCCCGGACCACGAGGCCCAGCCGGACCCUCUGGAGCAAAUGGUCCCCAAGGCCCACCAGGAGGCGUAGGAAACCUUGGCCCCCCAGGACAGAAGGGUGAGUCAGGAGAGCCGGGAGGUCCUGGUGUCCCUGGAGAACCUGGUGGCAAGGGCCCACGGGGAGAAAGAGGAGAGAAAGGCGAGGCUGGAGCUGCUGGCGUGGCCGGACCCCCUGGUGGGAAGGGCCCCACCGGAGACGACGGCCCCAAAGGAAACCCUGGUCCAGUUGGUUUUCCUGGAGAUCCAGGACCACCUGGCGAAAUGGGACCUCGGGGCCAAGACGGAGCCAAAGGCGACCGGGGAGAAGAUGGCGAGCCGGGAGAGGCGGGCUCUCCAGGACCCACAGGGGAGAACGGACCCCCCGGCCCGCUUGGCAAGAGGGGUCCGGCCGGCACCCCAGGCCCCGAAGGACGCCAAGGGGAGAAAGGCGCCAAGGGAGAGUCAGGAGCGCUGGGACCCCCAGGGAAGACGGGGCCCGUGGGCCCUCAGGGAACCCCGGGGAAGCCAGGGACCGACGGACUGAGGGGCCUCCCCGGAUCAGUGGGGGCGCAGGGCAAGCCAGGAGCGACCGGCCAGGCUGGCCCCCCAGGACCAGUGGGCCCCCCCGGCUUGCCUGGGCUGAGAGGUGACUCUGGACCCAAAGGAGAGAAGGGACACCCCGGUCUCAUCGGCCUGAUCGGACCCCCAGGAGAGCAAGGGGAGAAGGGAGACCGAGGCCUGCCUGGCCCACAAGGCACCGCGGGGCAGAAAGGAGAAACGGGAAUCCCUGGUCCGACCGGCCCCCUUGGACCCGCAGGACCCCCCGGUCUCCCAGGUCCAGGCGGCCCCCCAGGUCCUAAAGGAGCCACGGGUCAAGCAGGACCCAAAGGUCAACGCGGAGUCCCUGGUCCCCCUGGACGCCCGGGACCCCCCGGGGAGGUGAUCCAGCCACUGCCCAUCCAGAGGUCCAAGAAGAACAAGCGCUCGGUGGAUGGCAGCCAGCUGGUGGCUGAAGAGCAGCAGCCGUCGGACGGGGCAGGCCAGGCCCCCUUGGAGGGCAUGGAGGAGAUCUAUGGCUCCCUCAACUCCCUGCGGCAGGAGAUCGAGCAGAUGAGGAAGCCCCUGGGCACCCAGGAAAGCCCCGGGCGAACCUGCCAGGACCUUCUGCUCUGCCACCCGGACCUGCCUGAUGGCGAAUACUGGAUUGACCCCAACCAGGGCUGCUCACGAGAUUCCUUCAAGGUCUACUGUAAUUUCACGGCCGGUGGAGAGACCUGCGUCUUCCCUAGCCAGGAGAUUCGAGAGGUGAAAAUGUCGACGUGGGAGAAAGAGAAGCCUCAGACUUGGUUCAGCCAGUUCCAGAAAGGCAGGAAGUUCUCCUACUCGGAUGCCGAUGGCAACCCCCUGGGCAUCGUGCAGCUCACCUUCCUGCGGCUGCUGAGCGUCUCGGCCCGGCAGAACUUCACCUACCACUGCCAGCGUUCAGCCGCCUGGCACAGCCGUGGGGAGCCGGCCCCCGGGGGCUACCAGCGCGCCCUCCGCUUCCAGGGCGCCAACGAGGAGGAGCUGAGCUACGACAGCAGCCCCUACGUCAAGGCCCUGCGGGACGGCUGUGCGACACGGAAAGGAUCAGAGAAGACCGUCCUGGAGGUCCACACCCCCCAGGUGGAGCAGCUGCCCUUGACGGACGUUCGCGUGGCGGACUUUGGGGAGCCCGGCCAGAGGUUCGGGUUCGAGGUGGGCCCGGUCUGCUUCCGAGGCUAAGGCGGCAGAAACCCCUGCACACUUCACUGAG